UGUUCGGUGCGCCCAAAUGUGUUUUCUAAUGAACACUGGGUCGGUGAACGGUUGCGUAAAGAGCGCUUCAUAGGCAUAUCGGCAGCUCAAAAGCAGAAAAAUCCCACCGAGCAGCAAAACGGUCCGCCGACGGACGCAACCAAACCCGUGGCAUUCGACGAGCGUGGAGAGGGCAGAGCUGGAGAAACUGAUUGGUUUUCGAUUUUAAAGAAGAGCCGCCUUAUUUGACUCAGAACCGACUCAGCUUUUUCCCAGGAGAGAAAAGCAAGUUUGUGUGCGAGGACGCUGUCACCAGUGGAGGGGGGACUGACUGGGUGGACACUGGUGCACAGAGGGGGUGGUGUUUGUUUGGUAGGGGGGGUAACAAUCUGCGCGAACCUGGCCCUUUAAAUUACCUCCACAAUCACUGUAGACGAGACAAGUGAAGUUGCCUGUUGUUUCCUGAGCCAGCUUUAGUCUACAGCAUCUCCAUUAUACAGAAUUUUCUUCUUUUACUUGGCUCGAUAACCGAUGGCAGAGAAUGUCCACGACUAAUAACAUAGCCCAGGCCAGGAAGUUGGUGGAGCAGCUGAGGAUCGAGGCAGGCAUCGAGCGUAUUAAGGUGUCGAAGGCUGCUGCAGACCUCAUGAGUUACUGUGAGCAGCACGCCCGCAGCGACCCUCUGCUGGUCGGGGUUCCCACCUCAGAGAACCCGUUCAAAGACAAGAAGCCUUGCAUCAUUCUAUAGCUACUCUGUCUAGCCCAGCUAUCUCAGUCCCACUUAACCGAUGCCCAUCCCCAAUGGGCGAUUCAGUCCAACAGUUAUUUUUACCUGGGAUCCACAGUAUUCUCCAGAAAAUAAACGCCACACUCUCUCGGUAAAAAACAAAAAGGGGCAAUAUCUGUAUACCUAGCGUUCAUGUAGCCUGGCGUUGAGUGAAUCUAUAUGAAUGAAUCCACACAUUCAUGCAUAUAGACGCACUUAACAGGAGGUGGCAGAUUUCGAAUUUGUAAACUAUUUCAAAAGCUUGCACAGAGACUGAGCGACGCUCCAGCAUAUUUUUCAGUGCAGCGGCUGACCUUGUUACCAUAGGUGAUGGAGGAGAGUAGAGGAAGACAGUCAUGUUUCUGCUGACUGACUAGCUGGCUAGCCCAGUCACACUGUGGUAAAUGGUUGUUCAGUAUUAACCCUGCAUUGUUACGUUGAAUCUGCAAGCUAAGGGUUCAUUUUAGAUUUGUAUGGCCAAAACUGAAUCCAGGUAUGCUUACCUUUAUCAAAAAAAACAAACAACAAAAAAAGGAAAAAAGAAAAAAACAGCACAUUUCAUGUUUUACAAAGGGAUUCAAGACAUUAACCAGAGUUGCCAAUAUUUUUACGUUUUCUUUUCUUCUCAGUCUGUUUGUGAGCUGUAGUUUUACUUUUCAUUGAUUAAAAGCUCAUUAGGCUUAAAGCGUUUUUUUCUAUAGUGUUUAUACUAUAUUUCAGAAUCUUCGAACACUAGUUAUAAAGGAAUAAUUUUUUUUAUAUUUGCCUAAUAACAUCCUUCCCAACCCUCUCCUAAAGUGCAGUUCUGUACAGAAAAAGAGCCCUGUUAUUUCAGAUAUUAAUAUGAAAUAUUAAAAAAAGCAUUAACAGAGAUAUUUUGAAAGCUAAUGGACAACAUUUAAUAUCAAAUAAUAAUAGAUAAAAAUAUGUACAAUCUUAAAAGUAAAGGCUUGGACGUGCCCCACAAAAUUGAGUCAUUUUAAAGUCAAAGCCCUCAAAGGCCAACUUGCUUUUUUCUUUCUUCUUCUCUGAAACCAAACCUGAUUGUAAAAUCCAUACAGAAGGAAAAAAAAUGUAAAAACUUUCUUUUGGAUAUGUUCAGAGGUGUUAACUUUGAGAAUAGCUGUUUGGAUUUGUUUGUUCCGAUUUCUUCUUUCUAUGGAAACAUGGAAUCUGGUCAUUGAGUAUGAUACUGUACAGUGUUUGAUAACUAAAACGCAUUCAUAUAUUUUUUUUGUGGAUGUUUUAUCUUUUUUUGUAAUCUUUGUGUAAUAUUUCCAUUCAUAUUUAACCAUUUCAGUUUGUCCUCUUUUAAGGUGAGGCUUAAUGCUAAAGGAAUUGCCAGACUGCCUCAGUAAGUAACGGUAAAUGCGUUAACCUGGAUUAUUGACACAGUGCCCAAACAAGGUGCUUAAGGUGUUGUUCGAGGCUCAUUUCAUGAAGUGGUCCAUGUUGAUAAGUCUAUCUAAAGAGCAGGAUGUUUAGUGUUAUGCAACAGGCCGUCGGGUUUGGCUCAGUUUGAGCAGUCACAUGCAAAGAUGAGUGGCAAGGUCAAGCCACGACUCUGAAUGUGCAGUGAGCACAUGAUGCAUGCGCUGGUUUGAGCCGCCUAGAGUGACGGUUUCGCGUGUGAUGAUCCCCAGUAUUCAGAUAAGCACUAAAAACAGAAUUCCCCCAUUGUCCUGCUUCGUAUGCUGGAAAAUAACAACACAGUGCAGGAAUAAAGGGUCUCGUAGUGGGACAGAGGGGGCCUGUGAUCGCUGUGGCCCAUGGGAUGCUGUCAUCGGCUCCCGUAUUAACAAUGACUAAGGCGUACGGAGCUCACAAGAUGCUAUGAGUCAUCUAACAGUGGACAGAGCAGCUCCGGUGACAUCACUUCCUGUAAAGUUCAGAGUAAUGCUUUCUGCAUUGAGAAUAACUCAAGAGAGGGAUACUUCUGUAGAAGAAGCACUGCAUUAUAUAAUGAAGGAUUAUAAUUGAAUCAUUUCAAGUGUAACAUUAGAAUUUCUUUCCAUUGCUAACAAUGUUACCACAAAGGGAAAAGCCUUUCUGGAGAAGUGCAAAGUGCUGAAAUGCGCUAGGCUAAUGCUACAAUUAAGCUAGCAGUAUAAGUGUGAUUUUUACCAGCCACCAACCAAAUUUGCAUACCACAUUUGUUGGUAUUAAACUGGAGCAAACACUGUGAAAGCCAGUUAAGCUAAGCUAGCUUGUUAGCUAGCUUGUUAGAAUUGAGUUCCCCUUUGACUCUUGGUGUCAUAAUGCGCUGUGCUGUAAAGUAUAGCGCUAACCUGAAGUACGCUAACUAACCCUACACUUAGGUUUAAUAAAACCCUGCAGUCGUUUAGCUGUGAGGCCUGUUAUUUGCUAGCGCUAGGACGAGGGAGCUUGUCCGUUAUUAUGCGAGAACACACAAGGUGCUGAGGAGGCCAUGAUACCUUAACCUCAAUUCCUCGUUUCCCAAAACGUCGUCCGACUUCACACACCAUCGAGCUCUUUCAUGCCCAUGAGAGGUGAGAUUUAGGCUUUGUGUGGGUAAUAUCUGUAGCUGAGUCCUUAGCCAGUAGAUUUCAAUCUCAGCCUGUCCCAUUACUUUGUGUUUUUUCCUGUGUAUGCAUAUGUAUCUUUCUGCCUUGAUUAUGAAGAAAUAUAUCUAUUUUUUGUAAUUGUUCUUCUCGGAUGUGCCAUAAAUCAUGUUUUCUUGCACACUGUUAAUAUUUUGUGGAUAUUGCUGUUUAAAAAUGAUGAUAUGGGAAAAAAGUAGAUGAAAUAAAAUAAAGACAAAAAUGUUACUCUGCA